AUGGAAGAUCCGAGGACUCGAGCGUGCAGGACUACGAUUAUUUCACGCAAAGUAGGUAAUGGUGGAUUAGAAAGACUGAUCUCGAGCCACGUGGAAGUAAGUAAAAUCGGCCGACAAAUCGCGGAAGAAGUGUUGGAUCUACAAAGACGAGGAGAAGACUCUUCCUCGGGUAGUAGUCCUGGCCCAAUGACGGAGACCAGUUUAUUAAACAUGGAGACUAGUACUACUACUACUACUAGUACUACUACUACUACUACUAGUACUACUACUACUACUACGACGUCGCCAGAAAGGAUACCUGACGUUUCUCAACCGAGUGUCAUCGGGAGCAACAAUAGUAGUAGCAAUCCCACAUCGACGUUCAACCACGUAGCGAAUGUGCAGCUCAACAGCAUCGCGAAUGACCAAGGAUCGUCACCAGACGAGGACAUGAUGGACAUGAUUGGCGGCACCACGAUUAACGAGUCGCCGAAUUCGAUUCCAUCCGAUGGCAACGACGAGGCAGCGAUGGCUGUUAUUAUGAGCCUGUUGGAGGCGGAUGCGGGUCUAGGCGGUCCUGUAGACUUUUCCGGAUUGCCGUGGCCAUUGCCAUAAUGCAUACGCACUUUAGUCGACAAUUUUAGUCUACGCAGAAUGCGAAUGACGAGACGAUUUCUCGUUGAAUGGAACGUGCUCGGAACGUUCAAACGAUGCCUGUAAUGAAAUGGUGCUUUUCAAAUAUCCGGACUCCGUUAAUCUGAGCGAACUGUAGAUUCUGAAACGGAAGUUCUCACCUCACUCGACUCAAUUAAUCAUCAUUCUUUAAAAUUGAUAUUCAUGGAUUCAUAAACUGAUAUAUGUAUAUAUAUGUUUAUGUUGUAUCUUCCUUCCAUCUCUUGUCGUUGAUUCUUCGGGAAAAGAUGGCGAAAUAAUUUGCGUUCAGCAACGAGAGAUGAAUGAACGAAUAUAAUAAACCCUCGAUUACAUAGUGUUGUGACAUAAUAGUGCGGACAAUAACGCGUGAACAAUAAUUUCGUUUUAGUGACAAAUUGACAUUGUAUGUGUAAAUAUAUAGGCAUGCGUGCAUGCUUGCGCGCGAUAUGCAGUUUAAGUGUACCUAAUUAAAUCGUAGGAAUAUCUAUACGCGCGAGGACUUUCAGAAAAUAAAUUUUAAAUUCGGUGAACAUAAUUCGGGAUGACAAAGCUUGUUGUGUGCAAAUAUCAUCUUUCGAACGCACUGUCUAAAAAUUAUGCAUCGGUAAUUGAAUUAUACAAUCUGAUGCUGCAAUCCGAGAAUCCUCUUCCAUCUCGCUAUAACGUAAUGACUCGAAAAUAUUGUAGUAAUGUAUCUACGAGAGACACGAAUGGAAUGUGGUAAGAUAAAAAUUAAUGUAAAUAACAUGACAUACUGCUGUAAUUUAUUGUCCGAUAUUAAAAAAGAGAUAACAAAUA